AUGGCAGUGCCGUCAGCUCCAGAACUUCCGCCAUCUUAUGAAGAAGCAUCAACAGACGCACCACCAUCAUACGAACGACUCUAUGGAGAGUUCCGAAGAGUGGAUUCGCCCAAAGGCUUGGCAGUAUUUUUCAAAGAGGCCUUCGAUUUUGUCCUGGGCACAUUGGCUGCUGCUGUGGUGUUGGCGGUCCUGAAUAUCGUGCCGAUUCUGAUGAUAAUUAUUGGUGCACUCAAUCGAGAUGAUUGUGCGGUGAACUCAAAUAUCCCGGUCUGGUUGAUCGUCACCGGUAUUGUGUCCCUAGUUCGCAGUGCUAUCAACUUCUUCUAUAGGUUCAAGGACCAACAAAAGCAGCGGCGACCGAUCUUGGUACGACUUUUUGAUGGAAUGUUAAGUGUAUUCUUCGCAAUUUGGUUCAUUUUGGGUUCUAUAUGGGUCUACUGGGCAUACAAUCACGUCAGCUACGACCCGCACGAUGGACCUUACUAUUGUGAUCAACUGACAUUCGUAUUCACUUUCGUUUUUAUUACAGUCAGUUAUGUGCUUAUGUUCCUUACAUGUAUGUUUUUCUGCUGCUGUUGUUGUUGUAUAUGUUGCCGCAAACCGAAUGAUGAACGCAUGCCUAAUGCUUAAAUUUGAUAAUUUUCCACAAAACAUACUUUCUAAAAAAAUUUCACAACUUUUAGCCUUUUCUGUACUAUCCACAGAUUUUAUCGUUUUUGAGUGCAUGAAUGACAAGAAUGCGAGUGGGAC